GCAAGCCACAACGCUUGCUAUACAUACUCUAGCUGCCGCACCAAGGUUGGAUCUUCACAACCUCCCUAGCGAUUUCGGCCUGGAGAACCCUUUACGCGAGCAUGAGGGUGAAGAAGAGUCUCUUUGGUCCUUUCGAGAGCGAUUCAAGCCAACCCGCCCAACCUUUCAACUUUAGCUGGACAAAUCCCUUUGAAGGACUCAGUCCCUGUCGAGCAGCCCCCCAAAGAAGAUGGGUCCCUCUCGCCGCUCGAUGACCGUAUCUAGACUCUGUAUGAUACCUACCACACCAGCUAUGCAGUUCCCAUCAACGAGACAUCCGCGCACAUGCAGCAGGCCAAAGACUUUGCCCUCGCCUUGCUUCAGCGCCACUACCCCGAGUCUGAGGACUACUUAGUCGAGCCGGCAGCUCUGGGUCCAUACUCUGCUAAGGGCAUCAUCAACUUCAUUCUCAAAGAGAGCAAUGAGUCUGGUUCUGACCCAGACACUCCUCCACCGAAGAAGCAGAAGCGAUCGGCAAGGAAGAUUAAUACUCAUUACUCCUUCGACGCGCCUUGGCAUCACAUUGAGCCCGAGAACAUGGCCGCUUUUGUCGUCAGGAAGGGCGUGCCGGAAGUGCAUGAAGGUGUGGAGACAGUCACCUAUCGCACGCACACCUGCCUCGUCAUCAUCCUGGACGAUCUUUCUACAUUUCAGCGCUGGUCCCGAGCUAAUAUGAACCACCGCGGCGACGUCCUCAGUGACUUGCUUGGGGUUGCAGGUGGGGUUGAGAAGGGUCAUGGCAUGCUGGUCUUUGGAGCAAGGUUGGAGGUGUACGACUUCGAUGCCAAGGACGGCAAUAUGCCUAUCAAGCCGUACCAGAACCAAGGCUGGAGGAUAGACAUGCGCACCACCAGCCUUGCAGCGGCUGAUGAGGUGUUGCGCGGCUUUGCUGGACAGGAGGUAGUCUACAAGGAUGCGCUUUGAGGUAUUCGCAAACCUCGGGCUUAAAUUUCCUGCUGUUCAAGAGGUAUAG